AUGAGCGGCCGAUUUAGACAGGCGGCGGCUCCGUUCAGUUUUGCUACGGUGGUGACUUGGUUUAGAAUAGAGGCGGCGGUUUUUCUCUGCGUCUUUGAUAUGUCUGUGGAGAUGUUUCUUGUGAUGUGCAGGCCCGAGAUUGUGGCCGGAGGCGGUUCUCCGGCUGCCCAUAGAAGCUCCUUUACCGCCAGAUGUGGGAAUGCUCGUGGCAACAACGAUGAGUACUCAAGCUCUUUGGAGCUUUGGCAACAAUACAAAUUUCCGAGCUCUGCGUUUGGAAUCGGUGUUUCUCCUCCAGGGAUCUGCUUGGUUUGCUUGAUGUGUGUCUUCCUUGUCGUUUGGUUGGCUCUUUGUUUCACUGUUAUUUUCAAGCUUUUCUAG